AUGCUCCGGCUCGGGGGUCCCCGGUGCCCCCCGGCGCUGCUGCUGGUGCUGAUGCUGGUGGUGGUCGUGGCCAGCGGUCGAGGAGCUCAGGAGUGCCUGGAAAGGGCUGUGUCCACCUCUGGAGAGCUGGAGCUGCUGCCAGAGAGGGGGGAACAUUUUCCACCUUUUCCACGGGAGUGGAAAUCGGUGGAGUGGAAAGUGAGGAGGGGGGAAGGGAAAUGGAAACGCAUCCUGACAGCCUGGAAGGACGGGCGUGUCUCCUACACCGGCGGUUCUUUCCCUGGGGGAGUUGUUUUCCAGCCAGAAACCCUCUCCCUGAGGAUCUCCCCGGUUAGGGAGGAAGAUAAGGGGGUUUAUAAGGUCGAGUUUGAGGAUCCAUCAGGAAUUGUGACCCAUCUGUCCUUCUGUGUGUCGGUGUGGGAUCCCAUUCCCUGGGCGGAUCUGCAGGCACAGACCCUUCCCUGGGAGCAGGGCUGGUGCAACAUCUCCCUGUCCUGCAGCGUUCCCGCUCCUGGAAAUGUUUCCUACGUCUGGAAGUGCAGUGGGGACCCCCCCGGAGCCCUGGGGCACCCCCAGCCCCGGCUGUUCCUGCAGGUGCCUGUAGAUGGUGGUGCCACCAUCUGCCUCUGCAAUGUCAGCAACCCCGUGAGCUGGAGCUCGGCCAGCGCUGACAUCGUGGCUCUCU